UGUGCUUGUUGUUGUUCUGGUGUUGUUCAACUCUUGUUUUUUUCUUCUUUCUUACACUUGGUAUCUGUACUGUACACACUUGCAUACAGUUUACAAGCGGGCAGACUGAGAACGAGAGAGAGGCUUCCUUGUUUUCAACAAAACAUCUUCACACUUGCACAUUCUGUCAAUUUUCGUUUUCUUCCCAACGACAAACGGACAAACCAACAUGUUUUCAAUGCUCUACAUUUCCUCACGCAUGACCAUGACGGGACGGGUGGUGUCGAGUAGGUGGAGAAUGAGUUAUCGAGCAGCCUCGACAACACCCACCCACCCCCACUUUAACAAAAUCCUCAUUGCAAACCGCGGUGAAAUCGCCUGCAGAAUCAUGCGCACCGCCAAACGCCUCGGCGUCAAAACCGUCGCAGUCUACAGUUCCGCCGACGCGUCCGCCAUGCACGUCCAAAUGGCCGACGAAGCCUACCACAUUGGCCCUGCACCUUCUUCUGAAAGUUACUUGAACGCGAACCGGAUUCUGGAUGUAGCCCACAAGAGCGGCGCGCAGGCCAUUCAUCCCGGGUACGGCUUCCUAUCCGAAAACGCGGCCUUUGCGACUCAAGUCACCGAAUCUGGUCUAGUGUUUAUUGGACCCCCUGCUCAAGCGAUUCUAUCCAUGGGGUCCAAAAGUGAGAGUAAAAAGAUUAUGCAGGAUGCAAGUGUGCCUGUUGUGCCAGGGUACCAUGGUGAGGAACAGAGUGUGGAGAGAUUACAAGCCGAGGCGGAGAGGAUUGGGUAUCCGGUUUUGAUCAAGGCGGUCAAAGGGGGUGGUGGCAAGGGCAUGCGGAUUGUGGAAACACCCCAAGAUUUCAAAGACAUGCUCGAGUCUGCCAAACGGGAAGCCACCAAAUCGUUUGGAGACGAUACAGUCCUUGUCGAAAAAUACCUUACUCGACCCCGCCACGUCGAAGUACAAGUCUUUGCCGACACCCACGGAAACGCCGUCUACCUCUUUGAACGUGACUGCAGCGUACAAAGACGACACCAAAAAGUCCUUGAAGAAGCACCUGCUCCGGGUUUGUCCCCGGAAUUACGGGCAUCGUUGGGUGCCAAGGCGGUUGCGGCUGCAAAAGCGGUGAAUUAUGUUGGAGCUGGGACGGUGGAAUUUAUUUUGGAUACGCUUGAUGAUCGGUUUUAUUUUAUGGAGAUGAAUACUCGACUCCAAGUAGAACACCCCGUAACAGAAAUGAUAACAAACACCGACCUCGUCGAAUGGCAACUCCUCGUCGCAUCCGGGAACCCCCUCCCAAAAACCCAAUCCUCACUAGAAAUAUCCGGACACGCCUUUGAAGCUCGUAUUUAUGCCGAGAACCCUGCCAAAGGGUUUUUACCCGAUACGGGCAAGCUUUUUUAUAUGAAGAUGCCUGAUGCUGCGCCGAAUGUGCGGGUUGAGACGGGUGUGAGGCAGGGGGAUGAUGUGAGUGUUUAUUAUGAUCCCAUGAUUUCGAAACUGGUUGUGUCGGGUCCGAACCGUACUGAAGCGCUACGCACGCUACGUAACGCAUUAAAUGAUUUCCACGUCGCAGGUCCAACAACCAAUAUCCCCUUCCUAACCUCCCUGGCUACCCACCCCUCCUUUAUCUCUGGAGACAUUUCGACGUCAUUUAUAGCCGACCACGCUGACACGCUUUCGUUAUCUGCACCCAUCACCCACGAAACCCUCGCUCAAGCCGCCAUGGGUCUCGUCUCAACUUGUUCCAAAACACCAACAGAAACAACACCGUGGACAACUCUCCCUUCAUUCCGCCUCAACCACCCCCAGACCCGAACUCUAACCCUCCACGACCAAAACUCGACUCCCCACAAAGUCACAGUCACCACAGACCCCCAAACCCAAACCCACACUCUCACCACCAAAACCCCCACAUCAACACGUACAUUCUCGUCCGUAACAGCUCAUUACAACCCCACCACCCAAAUCCUAACCACAACCCUCGACUCAACCCGUCUUACAACCCCCUUUAUCCAAACAGACCAAACCCUCCACCUCCCACCCAUAACGCUAUCCAUCCCAACCAUAACCCACACCCACGCAGAAACGAGUGCAAACACAAUAAAGACUCCCAUGCCGUGCAAGAUUUCCGCUAUACAUGUCGUAAAAGGCGAUACGGUUAAAAAAGGUCAAGUGGUCCUCGUGUUGGAAGCAAUGAAAAUGGAGCAUGUUGUUAGAGCUCCUGGGGAUGGAAUUGUUAAGAGGGUUUUUGGAGUGGUUGGGGAUGUUGUUCCUGAGGGACGGGUUUUGGUUGAGUUUGGUCAGGUUUAGAUUUUGGUUUUCUGUUUGUGUGUGUUUGGUUGGUCUGUUUUGUUUGUUUGUUAUCUUGCUAUACAUGUCGUUCAUCAAAAACCCAAGUGGUGUCCUUUUUUUUUUUGGACGCAAAUUGGUAGAGUUGCCUGUGUGAUGAUGGAAUGGCUGUGAGGGAUUGAUACGGUAGGAGCAUAUUGCAUGAACCUAAAAUGCAUACUCACAAAAAUUUAAAGUAAAUGAUGCUACUUUUUUUGUUUUUUAUCGCCAUAACUAUUCUGUGUUUUCUUUGACGACAUUCAAAAUAAAUAGCAUAUUGCCAAAAAGAAAAAAAAAAUAAAAACAAUUAUUUGCAACUCUGUUUAAAAGAUUAUAUAAC